AUAAUAUGCUGCAUGAAUUUCUUCGCAUAUUUUUGAAUUAGAUAUUUGUAAUUUCCAGGUAACUUGUUUUUUAACGCAUAAUGAACCUAGAAACAUGCUGAAACAUUAAGAAGCUAGCGCGAAGAAAUCAAUCCGUUUAAAUUAGCUUGUGGAAAUGAUAUUGGAUGUUGGAAUGAACGCAUUUGAGUAGUACGUUACCAUGAACACUUCUAACGACUCUGUUCAGCACAGUCCGAUUAAAGAUGUAUACCUUGGGACGGAAUGUGGCAAUAUAAAUGAAGCCAAUGAGUUGAUUAUCGGGAGGCGAGUAGUUCAUGACAAAAACUUUGGGACUAUUUGCUAUGUUGGUCAUUUGCCAAAAUCGAGUGGGCUUUGGCUUGGAAUUGAUUGGGAUGAUCAGUCUCGCGGCCGACAUGAUGGAACUUACAAUGGUGUCCGCUACUUUCAAGCUAAAAGUCCUACGUCCGGUUCAUUUAUAAGGCCUUCAAAGGUAUCGUUGGGUACCAGUCUAGAAGAAGCCCUUGUAUAUAGAUAUGCCGUCUGCGCAACUUGUCAAUCAGAAACACAGAUCUCUUUGCGACCACGAGAAAAGCCUACAGAAAGUACUGAUAAGAUCCCCCUCCAAGAAAGCAUUCAACUAGGAUAUCUAGACAGCAAUGCUCACAGACACCCGAAAGAUGGAGUGCGAAUUGAGCUUUACACUAGUCCUGGGACUUAUCGUCAGUCGACUUCUCAUAACAACUUAUGUGGAGCAGCUGCAGCCAAAGGUUGCCUAAACCGACUAAAAAGUGUCAGUUUGUCUUCGAUGCCUGUAUAUCGUGCACUUUAUGGGAAAAGCAUUUAUUUUCCUGAUCGCCAACCUGAGUGCUCACCUCUUUGGCCAUCGUCUGGAGGCUGCCUCGAUCAGUUUUUAACCAGUUUAUGUAAUCUGGAAAUGAGUAAUUGUUUAUUGUCAAAGUGGACAGAAAUUGCUGAGAUAUGCAUUCAAAUUCCGUGGUUAAAAUCCUUGAACGUCAGUAACAAUCGUAUUCGUUUGCCCGUUUUUAAAAAAAGAGUACAUCGCAAACAAAAAAAUGAAUGCUUGGAAUCUAGUCUUUUAUACGAUCUAUACUCGGAUCCUAUCCUGAGUGAGCAGUUGUGUUCAAACGCUUUCCCCCAGUUGUCGCAGCUCACUUUGGUCAAAUGCUGUCUCCUAAAUUGGAAAAGUAUUCAAAGAAUAAUAUGUUGGAUGCCAUCCUUACAGUCGUUAUCUCUGGCUUACAAUAAUCUGGGUAAUCCUCCAAUCGAUUGGGAAGAAAAUGCUAUUGAAGCUUUGCAGAAGUUGAUUGAAUUAGAUUUAACUCACACAAAUCUAACAUCCGCUUAUCAGUUAUUUACUCUUAUUGGAGCCUCCAAAUGUCUGAACAACCUACUAUUAAAUUAUAAUGAAAUUGCAGACAUUCCAAAUCUGGGUAAACACUCUGAGCGUAUCUGCGAAGUAAAUACACUCAAUAAAGAUAGAUCACAUUGGUUUCCAAACCUCAACACUCUUGGCCUGAAGAAUAACUUAUUCACAAAUUGGGAUUUCGUUAACCAACUACUGUGUUUGUCUACAUUGCACCAUUUGAUGGUUUCAGGAUGCCCAGCUUUCGAAAAUUCUGUCAAUGUAGAAACCGCUCGUCAGGAAGUUAUUGCCCGUUUGCCAAAUCUUAAAUUGUUGGAUCGUGUUGAGAUUACUCCUGAAGAGCGCCGUGGAGCUGAAUUGGACUAUCUAAAACGGUAUGGAGCUAGCUGGUUAAAUUGUUGUAAAACCGAUCAAAGUAGUGAGCAACCUAACAGUGUUAAACUUUUGGAUGAAUUUUACAAACUACAUCCAGUUUUUGCUGCACUUUGUGAUAAACAUGGAGCUCCGGAAAUCGGCGAAACCAAGAUCAUUAACCGAUCAAUUAAAGCUAGUCUACUAUCUCUGAUCUUUGUAUUACAACGUGACAAGAACGAUGACACAAUAGACAAGUCUAGUGAUCACUUAUCAUCGCCAAUGAAUAAAAAUAAUCAAAUUGAAAAGCAAAUACCUAAUCGAAUGACUAUUAAACAUUUACGUAUGAUGAUUAGACGAUUGUUUUGUUUAUCACCAAAAACACUGUUUGCCUUAUUUGCACAAAGUGGAAGACAUUGUGAUAUUGUUAACACUGAAAUACCGUUGGAUAUAGAUACACGUGAAAUAGGAUUUUAUAAUUUAGAAAAUGGUGAUUAUAUUUUUAUACGAAUACAAUAAUAGUGAUGACAUUGUGUUUUUAAUCUUUUUGUUUUUGUAUCUAUCAAUUGUUUACCUCCCUAAUAUUUAUCUAUGGUGAAUGAUUUGUGUAUUUUGAUUUUUGUAACAUAUGUACAUUCAAUUAUUCCUUAUUCACGUACAGUUUUAUGAUUUCUGCACACAUUGUUUUACCAACCAAUUGCGUAUAGAUUUCGUAUCUGUUUUUUUUCGUAAGUUUACUACCUAACGUUACCAAUUCUCAUAAAUUUGUCAUGACUUCUGAUUCUGCUAGUGUUACCUUAUCCUUCAUAAGGCUUAUGUACUCCUGUGGUACGUCUUUC